AUGGAAAAUGAAAGGCUAAUGAUCCUCAGAACGGAACACCAAAUGGCAACCGCCAAACUCCAUGCCGAAACGGGAACUUCUACUCCCCCUAAUAAUAAUAACACAGACCAUCUGUUUCAAUUGCCCCAUGUCCGCCGGCAAUUGAUUAGUCUGACCGGGAAAGCUUUCGAACGAUCAUUGCUGUGGCGCUUGGACUGGUGGAAUUUCUUCAAGGUCCUUGCUCUCGCGGCGUCCGGCUACCGUAAUGAUGCCGUGAUUAUUGUCGGGGAACAGGUCAUGUCGCCGCGGGGUUUGACCGGGUUGGGUCUGGAUACCCUCGAUAGCAGCACGGCUGAGAUGAAAGAGAUCUUUGAGCUCUUCGCGUCGCAGAAUGACGGUGCGGAUCGGACGUAUCCGGCUCUGGUGCAUUGUACCCAGGGAAAAGACCGUACGGGGCUCGUGGUUCUGAUGUUGCUGCUUCUGACGGGCGUUGUGAGUGACGAGGCCAUGACGGCGGAUUAUGUGCGGUCAGAACCGGAGUUGGUGGUUGAGGUGGAGGAGCGGAUGAAGGAGAUUCGGAAGUUGGGAUUGUCGGAGGACUAUACCAAGUGUCCGGAUGGCUUUACGACGGAGAUUCGGAGACAUCUACAGGAGAGAUACGGGGGUGUGGACGGGUAUCUGAGGUUUGUGGGGGUUGAGAAGAAGAAGUUGGAUGUGAUUCGAGAGGCCCUGGUUGCUUAA